AUGGCUGCAUCCCCGCCCCUUCAACUUUCAUUCAAUCUGGGUAGCAAGCGGCCCAAGGACGUUCAGAUCAACAAUGAAGACCAUGUUGAGACGAAGCUUGUGAUGUACAAUCAACUUAGCCUGCAAACACGCGAGGCUCCUUGGUAUGGCCUUUUGGUUGGGACGAUAAUGCCCCAUCUGCGUGCCAUCUACUCGAGCGCAUCUGGCAAUGUCAAACUUGACACGUAUCCGCAAUACGAACUCCACUAUGCCACAGAUUAUACUCCUGACGACCUUGAUAAGAUACGGGAUCCCAGCUGGACUCCAGGCCACGAAAAGCAUGAAAGAGCCCUCGAUACUCCCGAGGUCCAAGGCCAAUUCUCUGCCGAAGGCAAGGGUAAAACAUCGGCCGAGGUGGAUCGUCUCUUAGACCAUGGACUCGACGGUCCCAAGUGGGGCAGUUCUGAGGUUGGGGGGACGCGCUCUCAAACGAAAGCUGCCAAGGCCGCAGCAAAUGCCAAUGUCGAUCAUAAGAACGCUGAGAGUAUUUCCACCUCGACAGCUUCAACCGCUCCCGAAGACAUCUCUGUGCACACGAUACGCGUAACGGAUGCCAUGUUUCUGAUUCGCAUGCCACUGGCCUUGUAUCAAACAUUCUUUCCUGAUGCCAACAUUGUUCCUCGUCUCCCUGCGAUCGCAUUCAAACUCAAAGUCCCCAAGGCUCGAAGUCCCGAGGACGGCGAAACGGAUCACAUGAUAACGAAAACGAAUGCUACUAGCACUAUCAAAUCUGCCAUGCCUCAGAUUGUACAACAAGCUCAGUUCAUUUUCCAUAUGUGGUCCACUCUUCAAGUCUUCUGGAUCGUAGGUGCCUGUGGGCGUUGGGUACGGUUCCACAGAUUCAAGAGGACCACAACUCCCCCCAUCGAUCCAACUAAAAUAUGUCACCAAGAGUACUUCGUAAUGGUACAGUACUACACACCAUCCCCUACCCCAGCUACGUCAAUCCCUUGGAUAUCAGCUACGAUACCGAUUAUCGAGGAAGAUGGAGAGUACUCAGAUGAGUUCAAGGCUCUCUUCAAAAAAGCUAUCCAAGGCGCAACGGGCGAGUACAGUACGGGCCGCGCCGGUGGUAGCUCGCUUCGAAGUGCUAGGGCAAGGAUUCAGUGUAUAUUCCUAGACUAG